AAAGAGGUAACAGAGUAGCAGAAUCUAUCACAAGUAAAUCAUAACAGCAACAACAACAAUGAAACUGACAAUGGUGUUCGUAAUGCUGAUGGCGGUGCUCGCGCUAUUCGCAGGUGGUGUCAGUUCGGCUCCAAACCCAGACCCUAAGGUCAAUUUUCAAGCGCUGAAGAAAGUAGGAAAGACAGUUAAAAAAGUCUUUGGAGCAGCGAGUGCAGCGGCAACAGCCCACGAGUUGUAUCAAUCAGCCAAAAACAGGGGACAGCAGGGGUAGUGAUGGUGG